UUUUCCUAUUACAAACAGCUUUUAGCAACGUGAAAAUGAAGACGUCAGCGGCUUGGUGUUUCGGGGGGAUUAUUCUGUGCAUCGGGGUUUCGCUGAGAGCAACAGGGUCGUCUCAGAUCCAACUUGUCGGUUCAGCUGACCCAGUCGUUGCCUUGGCUGGUGACAAUGUCAUACUACCAUGUUACCUGAAACCCAACGCCAGUGCUGUGGACAUGAUGGUGGAGUGGACAAGAUCUGACCUGAAAACUCAAAGGGUCCAUCUUUACCGUGAUGGUCGAGACUCCAACGGUGACCAGCUUCCUUCCUACAGGGGAAGGACAUCACUGUUUAUAGAAGAACUGAAGAACAGCAAUGUCUCCUUAAAACUGACCGGCGUUACCCUCUCUGAUGCUGGGGAAUACAAAUGCUUCAUUCCAACACUGAAGAAGGAAACAAGCAUUCUACUCAUAGUUGGUGCUGUAUCUCAGCCAGUGAUCUCU